AGUGCCUACUGCGUUAUACAAGGCACAUGCUUAUUGCUUAUACCAUCAGCUACAAUGAUUAUAAUUUAUAUUCAACUGAUUUAAGGGCCAGUUUAAGUAGCUAUUUUAAUUAUUUGGUUUAUUGUUUGAUAAUAUUUUUUUUUCUAACAGUUAACAAGUAUUUUGCUUAUGGGUAGUAUAAUUUAAAAAAAAAAUCAUGUUAUGUGUAAAAUAUUUUUUGUUAUGUGUCUCAAGUUUUUUAUUUUUUUUUAAACCUGCAACUGUCUAUGGAUUAGUAGAACCAAUCACAGCUGGUGUUGCUGCAGGAGCUUUUAUGAUAGGAUACUUUGCAGAUAAAUUGCCUUUUUUUAAUGAUUGUCCUAAAAAAUUUGAAAUAAAAGAUCUUGAACUUGACAUGAAAAACAGUUUUUUUGGGCAACAUAUUGCAUCAAAAAUUGUAAUAUCUGCUUUGGCAGGUAAUUUGCAUCGUAGCAAAAAAAAUAAGAAACCAAUAGUAAUGUGUUUCCAAGGUUCCAGUGGUACUGGUAAAAAUUUUUUAUCAGAUUUAAUUGCUAGUCAUAUGUUCAAUUCAACAAAAUCAAGAAAAAAACGAUAUCAUGUUAUUAAUGGGCAAACUGAAUUUCCUUUGCAAUCAGAAAUAAACAAUUAUAAGGAAAAACUUUAUUCUGAUGUGAAAUCCGCUAUAAAAUCAUGUGAUACAAAUUUAUUUGUUUUUGAUGAAAUCCAUUAUAUACCUAUGGGUAUAUUAGACAUACUAGGACCUAUUCUUGAGAACAAUGAUGUGUCCAUUGAUUCUAGGAAUUCAAUUUUUAUAUUUUUAACUAAUACAGGAUAUAAUCCAAUUUUACAAAAGUAUUUAGAUCUUUGGGAUAACGGAUUUUCUAGAGAGGAAAUGACAGUUGCAGAUUUUGAUACCAUUUUAACAAAAUCUGCUUUUAAUGAAAAAGGUGGGUUGAUGAAAAGUUCAAUAAUAGAUUCCCAUAUUAUUGAUUUUUAUGUUCCAUUUUUACCACUUGAAAAAGUUCAUGUGUUACAAUGUAUUGAGGCAGAGUUGAAAAAUCUAAAUAAUUCUUUGGAUUCUGAAGCAAAAAGUGACAUAUUGCGUAUAGUUCCAUUUGGUCCAGAGCCUAAAAAGUUAUUUGCUACUUCUGGUUGUAAAAGGCUUAAUCAAUGGAUUACAUCUAAAUUAUAUUCUAAUUAAAUUGGAUAUUCUUAAAGAAUACUGUGGUCUGUGAGUGUUCUUGUACAUUAACUUUUGGAAAAAAACCAAUCUGAAAAUAAGUAUUGAAAUAUAUAUUUUUAAAUGUUUUAUAA